AUGUCUGCUGCAAAAAAGUACAAGCUCACAUUAUACGAACAAAAGUGUAAUUUCAGCAAAAAUUCUAUUAGCCUACUAGGAUACGCGGUCAAGAAUAAUGUUAUCGAGCCUGAUAAGGACCGCCUUGAUCCGCUUAUAAAACUACCGUUACCGCGUAACACUGCUGAACUCAAGAGAGCCCUUGGGCUAUUUGCUCAUUACGCCAAAUGGGUCCACAAUUUUUCUGCGAAAAUUCAACCGUUAAUCAACAACAGCCAGUUCCCUUUAAACGAAAACGGCCAGCGUAGUUUUAAACUUCUGAAAUCAGAAAUCGAGAAGGCAGCAUUGGUUGCUAUUGACGACAAAGAAACCUUGACGGUAGAGACUGACGCUUCUGAAUUCGCUGUAGCUGCAACAUUAUCUCAAAAGGGUCGCCCAGUUGCAUUCUUUUCAAGAACUUUGUCAGACAGCGAACGUAAACACGCUGCCGUAGAAAAAGAAGCAUGUGCAAUCGUCGAAAGCAUUAGAAAAUGGCGUCAUUACCUCAUUCACAGACAUUUUCUCCUCAUCACUGAUCAGAAAUCCGGCAACGGGCAAGUAGAAAAAUUUAACGGAACUCUCUGGCGGACUAUACCACUGUCUCUGAGAUCUAAAAUCCUACCCAUAGAGAACUGGGAACAAUCCCUGAAACCUUCACUCCACUGCGUGCGGUCACUUCUAUGCACUUCGAUAAAUGCAACGCCACACGAAAAGCUUUUUAAUUUCCCGCGAAGAACACCGGUUGGUGAAUCGCUUCCAACCUGGCUUGUUCCGGGACCCAUUCUAUUGAAGAAAUUUAUUCGGUCGAAAAAUGACCCUUACGUCGAAGAAGUUGAGCUGCUCCACAGUAAUCCAAGCUACUCCUAUGUACGUCGGCGUAAUGGCCAAGAAUCUACAGUGUCCAACAGACACUUAGCGCCGCUUCUUAUAUCUGAAGAAGAUUCACUCUCUGAUAGUACGAAGAAGACGUCUAUGGAACUCUCCUGCAAGACGUUCGGCCUCCGGAUGCUCUUCGGAGAUCUACGAGGUCUAGGAGAAUUCCACGACGCCUCAAUGACUACAUACUCGGCGAAGAAACCAUAG